AUGCAACGCAACAUGGCCGAGCAGAAUCUUACCAUUCAACCAUCACCUUCGGGAGAGGAGACGAACGAGCCAUCCUCUUCCACUCCAACAAGAGAGCACGAAAAUAUAUUCGGUACUAGUAAUACAUAUCAUCACAUUGAAACGAACACAUCUCCUUCCACAAUAGCUCUUUCUUCCUCUCCUCUGUUGAGCCUUCAAUCUCAUCAUCAGCCUUACCAUUCAGAAAGACAUGAAGAAGAAGAAGAAAUACUGGGCUCUUCUCCUCUCAUCAUUCCUCAAACCAUCAUUCCUCUAUCUCUGGUAGUAGCAGUAAUAGUAGUAGUAACCAUACAUUACUAUCAACGGCUUCAUCCACUCUUCCACUCGGCAACUCUCAAACAAAUUCAAAGGAGGAAAGAAUUAGAGAAUUGGAGAAAGAACCGACGAACGAAAUCCAUCAUUACGAAUAGAGAUGGUAGUAGUACUAGUACUCAUAUGACGGCAACAACCACGAGUAAGGGCAACAACAAUCUUCCAACAAAAUCAUCAGUGCCACUCCGAAAAUCAUAUGCUAGUGGAGGUCCCUUAACAAGUCAUUUGGAAACAGCAUCGAAUAAGAAGAGAAAAUUCAGUGAAUCGACACAAACCAUUGCAAAUAAGAAGGUAACCAAUCAUCGACUGCCAAAUCCUUCCAAUUCUCAAAAUAUUAUGAGACAACAACAGGAAACAUCACCCAUCAUACAGCAAUCAUCGAUUGCAAAGAGAAAUGAUAACAUUAUUUCUUUUAGUAAUUUAUUGAAGAUUGACAAAUAUCUUCCAGGAUCUAACACAGUACAUCAUCGAGUUAAACAAGCUGAUGAAAAAGAAAAUACUGAUCUCAAUCUUUCCUCGAUUUUAAUAGUUGACGAUAAGGAAAAUGUGGAAGAGGAUCGUCACAUGCUUGAUAACAUUGCAAAAAUUGCAGACUCUAUCGAAGAGGAAGACAUACCUCCCUCAGUUAGUUUGGCCUCAAGUACGGGUCUGUCGUCAGCUUCAGCUACUUUGAAUCAAACAAGCUCAGUACUUCUUGAUGUAUCAUGUUUGGACAAGUCGGAGCCAAGAAGUGCUAGAAAGUCAUUGAAACAGAAAAGCUUUCUGUCAAGUGGAAAUGGCUCAAGCUUCUUUUCGACGAGUACUGGCUUUUCUCCACUUCCAUCAUUUGUUCCUUCGAAAACUCCUCUGUUCACGUUGAAAUCAACGUCGCUUAAACCACUAAAGAAUCCAAACCUAAAUUCCGGUGAGGAAGACGCCACCAAGUUGAAUUAUGACCUUGCUUGUAAGGACUCUCUUACAAACAACUCAACCUCACAACUUCGUGAUAAUAGCAAUACAUCUAAAGAGGAAAUUGAAUUUUUGAAAGCUAAAAUUCUUGACUUGGAGGAACGUUUAAGGAAAGAGUCCUUAGAAAAAGACUUGUGGAAAGAAAACUACAAAAAUUUGCUUUCGUCACGAGGAGAUGGUAACAGUCGACCCGUAAGCAUGGAGGCUAAUAGAUUGUUGGGUGAUACAAAUACUGCGAGUAAACAACAAUUAGAGUAA